UGGAGCUGUACCGGGAGCUGAGCCGACAGCCGGGGCUCAAAGCCACCUGCCUCAGCCCCGCCGUCACCGCACAGCACAGCGAUGGGGUGGCCCCCCAGGGUUGUCUGGGGGGGUCUCUGCCUGCUUAUCGGGGUCGACGCGGGUGUCCUCACCCUGCUCCUCACAGAGUGGUCGCAGCAGGACCUGGAGAGGGGCGAACACAUCAAGUUCUGCCGCCAGUAAUUGAUCUUCCAUGACGGGGCCUCUGUCAUAUACUUGAGGCCCACCAGCACCUGCUGUGAGGCUGCUGAGCCAGGAGUCCCCCAGUGGGGCACUGAAGGCCGUCCUGCGCAAGGUCCCCGGCAAGGAGAAGAAAGAGGAGAAGCAGUUUCUGGAGGUCUGGGAUCAGAACUGCGAGGUGAAGAGCAUUGACCUGACACCGCCGGGGAAGCAUGGCACCGUCUACGACGAUGGUGAGGGGCCAGUGGGGAGGCCGUGGGGCUUUGACCAGGGCAGGGUGCCCAGGAGCUGGUGGCCACUGGACCCUUCUCCCACACAUCGGCGUUUGCGCUGCCGAGGCUGCGGCGUGCCACGGCAGAGGGUGAGCCCUGCCCAGCCGCCCCGGGCACGGCAGGCAGCGCAGGGCAGCUGGAGAGCAGGCACCGGCCAGGCCCCUUGCGCCCGGCUGCUGCCGCACGCCUUGGCAGCCUGCCUGGCUGACGAGCGGCAGGCGCCGGCGGCCAGCGCGGAAGAGCAAGGCCCCAUGGCCUCCGGAACCGAGCAGGGUGCAGAGGUGGCCGGUGGCCCCGCCGCCUGCUACCGGGAGCUGAGCCGGUUCCCCGCCGUCACCCGCGCCGCCCUCAGGGCCACCACCGGGGCACAGACCUUCCUGCUGUACACCGAGUGCAGCCGCCCCGACCUGCCCCAACGCCGGCUCCUGCGCUUCAGCCGCCACUACAGCCUGCGGCGCACGGGCAGCGGCGGCCUCACCGUCAGCCGGGUAGCGCUCAGCACCGAGAUCCGCCACCAGCUCCUCAGCAAGGACUCGCCCACCGGGCAGCACCGCGCCGUGCUCAGCCGCUGCCCCCGGCAGGGCCACGAGCUGCUGGAGGUGUGGGACGGCAACGGGCGCAGCCACAGUGUGGACCUCACGGCGCUGGGGAAGCAUGGGGAGGUCUACACGGAGGGGCCCUUCGCCUGUUUGGCCUGGUCACACUCGGAGACGCGGCUGCUGUACGUGGCUGAGAAGAGCCGGCCCAAACCACGGCCCCCCUGCCCCUGGGAUGUGCCGGGAGCAGGCAGGCCAGAGGAGGAGGAUGAGGAGGAGGAGCAGUUCGUGUACCGGGAAGACUGGGGGGAGGCACUGAGCACCCGCAGCCUGCCUGUCCUCUGCGUCCUGGACCUGGAGGGCAGCAGCCUCUCGGUGCUGGAGGGCAUCCCGGAGCACCUCUCUCCCGGCCAGGCCCUGUGGUCCCCGAAUGACUGCGGCGUGGUGUUCGUGGGCUGGUGGCACGAGCCCUUCCGCCUGGGGCUCAAUGCCUGCUCCAACAGGAGGUCGGGGAUUUUCUACUUGGACCUGGCCAGCGGGUGCUGCGAGCUGUUGUCGUCUGAGCACGGAGCCGUCUGCUCCCCCCGGCUGAGCCCCGAUGGCCGGCGCCUGCUCUACCUGGAGGGGGGUCUGGGGGGCCCCCACCGGCAGUGCCUGCGCCUGCGCAUGCUCACCUGGCAGACGAGGCAGACGGUGACGGUGCUUGAUGUGGUGCAGGAGCCCACAGAGGCCUUCGCCGGGCUCUACACAGAGGUGCUGCCACCGCGGUGUUGGGCGGCCGACAGCCGGCGAGCCGUGCUGGGCACCCCGCAGCGGAGCCGCACGGACCUGCUGCUUGUGGACACGGAGGCGGCCACCGUCACAAACCUGACGGCAGGGUCGCCGGAAGGGUGCUGGGAGCUGCUCACCCUCCAGUGGGACCUGCUGGUGGCCACCUGCUCGGCGCCACACCACCCCCCGAGCCUGAUGGUGGCGGCGCUGCCGCCAGCGGGCCAGGAGCUGCCCCUCUGCUGGGUACCGGUGGAGGACACCCCGACAGUGCCUGGUGUCACCUGGAAGACCCUGACGAUCCAGCCACCCUGCAGCAGGCAGAGCCCUGCCACGCACGGCACCCAGGCUUUCGAGGCCCUGCUGCUGAGCCCACCGGAUGGCAAGGCACCGCACCCCCUCGUCGUGUGCCCCCACGGUGGCCCCCACGCUGUCUUCGAUGCCCGCUGGCGCCCAAGCAUGGCUGCCCUGUGCCAGCUGGGCUUUGCCGUGCUCUUGGUGAACUACCGCGGCUCCCUGGGCUUCGGCCAGGCCAGCAUCAGCUCCCUGCUCUCCCGUGUGGGUGAGCAGGACGUGGCGGACACCCAGCUGGCAGUGGAGCAGGCGCUGUGCAGCGAGCCCCUGGACCCACACCGCCUGGCCCUGCUGGCUGGCUCCCACGGAGCCUUCAUUGCCCUCCACCUCCUCGCCCGUGAGCCCAAGCGCUACCGAGCCUGUGCCCUGCGCAGCCCCGUCUCCAACCUGCCUGCGCUGCUGGGCACCUCCGACAUCCCAGACUGGCGCUACAUCUCCCUGGGGCUGCCCUACUCCUUCGAGCGGGUGCCCCGCGCCGAGGAAGUGGCCACCAUGCUGCUGCGCUCGCCCAUCGCCCAGGCGGGCCGGGUGCAGACGCCGGUGCUGCUCUGCGUGGGCGCCCGGGACCGGCGCGUCAGCCCCACGCAGGCGCUGGAGCUGUACCGGGUGCUGCAGGCCAGGGGGGUGCCGGUGCGGCUGCUGUGGUAUCCAGAGGGUGGCCAUGCACUGGCUGGUGUGGAGACGGCAGCCGACGUCUUUGGGAACUGUGCACGAUGGCUCCUUCGGCACCUGGGGCAAACCCGGCGGGACGGGACAGGCCAGCACAGCCCCUAGGCUCACAGUGGCCCUGUGGCUAAUGCCAGCCCCACGUGUGACCACUGGCCCUGGGGACCACACCAGGACCAGAGGAAGAUGGAGCGAGUGUACGACGGGACGAGGGUUGGGGUCUGGCACUAAAUAAAUGUGUGAGACCCUGUGCAAUGCCGA